UAGACGAAGCCGGAAGUUUCCCGCCAUAUGGUGGGCUCUGUCCCCUGACGGAGGGAAACUAUCACAGGUUAACUUGCACGGUACCAGACAUCAAUCCUGGAGCAUCAUUCAAGUGGACCAUAGGUGGACAAGAGGUAACGACACACACCUCAGUGGACACCGUCGACGCCGAUAAAUUGACCACCAGCACUAGCACGAUAACACUUUUGCCAAGACUAACUCACCACGGACAUGUUUUGCAGUGCCACGCGUCCAAUACGGAGGACAGUCAAUGGAUAAACACAAGUGUAAUUCUUCAUGUAAAAGCUGCACCGAGAUUCCAUCUCGAGCAAUUCCCGGAAAACCCAGUGGUGGAGGGCAGUGAGGUUCUCCUGAAAUGCAUCGUGGAUGCUAACCCCUUACCCGAAUCCGUCACUUGGGAGAUGCAGAGUUGGAGCGAUCCAUUGACCUUACCAGUGAGCAAUGGCGGUAUCAGUACACUGCGUUUGAGUAACAUCACAAGGUUUCAGGCUGGAAACUAUACUUGCAGCUCAAGCAAUGGUGUGUCGACAACUCAUGGGAAAUUUCCCAACGUUGCCCUCAUUGUGCACUAUGCCCCAACAUUUUUGUCGGUUCAAAGAUUUCCAGACAGUCCUAUCGUUGAAGACACUGAGGUUGUCCUGACAUGCAUCGUGGAUGCCAAACCCUUACCUGUUGUCGUCACUUGGGAGAAGCAGGAUUCGAGCUAUGCUAUGACCUCCUUGGUGAACAACGAUGGCAUCAGCACACUGACUCUGAGUAACAUUACGAGGGAUCAGUCAGGGUACUACACGUGCCCAGCAAAUAACGCCUUCCGUCAGAUGCCCCAAGUUCCGAUAGAGUGUCGCCCGUGGUAUGUUGCUGGCAUUUCCAACAAAGACAGCAAUGAUGUCCACGUAAGGAGUGGUGAAGACGCAACUUUCAUAUGCACCGCUGCAGGAAACCCAAAGCCGGCACUGGAGUGGUAUAAUCCGAACGGAACGAGGCUCACCAAUUCCUUGAGAUCCGUCACUAUAGUAGAAAGUGCUGCCAGCGGGGAUGACGUUGUCGGAUACGUAGUUCGCAGUGUUCUCGUCGUACACAGAGUGAAUUCCCGGGCAGAUUGUGGGAUUUACAUUUGUGUGGCCUCAAAUGGUGUUGGAGAGAGAGACUCAAUGGCAGCCAGUCUCUUGGAAGCGAGAAGACCGGGCAAGCCGACUGUGCUCGCAGUCGGCCGUACCGUAGAUACCCUGACUGUGACCUGGAUCGCUGGACACGAUGGAGGGAAAUAUCAGUGGUUUGAAGUCACUUACCGCGAGACUUCGGACGCAACGGGAAGAGAAGUAUCGGAAGGUGAUGUACCUGGACUAACGAACAUAUAUACCGUGAAGGGCCUUGAACCGUACACCGAGUACGAAAUCCGGGUCUAUGCUCGGAAUGAAGUCGGACGGAGCCCCAAGCCUGGCAGGGUAGUUGGAUUCACUCUUCCUCAGCCUCCAACAAGUGCAGCAGGUUUCGUAUUGGAUUCAGCUGCCGGCACCUUAUCAGUCAGAGGAUUCAAAGGCGGGGCUGAUGAAUGUCUUCGGCUUGAAGCAAAAACAAAAGACAAUGGGAACUGGUCUGACUGUGGUGGAUGCGCAAGAACCGAUACUCAGAUUUUGCUUUCAGUGUGGUGUAAGACAAAUCAGGAAAGCGACUCCUCGAUCAAGGAAUUCACCGAAGUACGCUCUAGGAUUUGUCACGGAGAAGUUUGCAGUGAACCGAUUCGUGCUGAAGGAGUAAACGAUUUACCACGAGGGAAGCCGCCUUUGGGAACGAGUGGCAAGUUGAACAUCGGUGUCAUCUUGACUAUUGCUGUUGCAGCCCUUUUACUGGUCGUCGUACUCAUGCUUAGUGCAGUGGCUUGGAAGAAAUUCAAAGAGCAUACCAAAGGAGAGACACAAGUACGAGAAAAAGAUGCGGAAAACGAGUCUUUGAAUUCGAUGUGGCAAUGUUCAUAUGGAGGAAAACAGGGAAAGGAGAUCACUGACCUGACUGCCUCACGACAGCCUGAACCGAUGCACGAAUAUGCGAAUGUCCCUACCGUGCACAGAGCCUUUCCGCGUGAUAAGCUGCAAAUUGUCAAAGAGCUUGGGCACGGUGCCUUUGGUCUGGUGCUUCUGGCUGAAGCAAUGGGAAUUACUGAGGAGUCAAAAACUACACUGGUUGCUAUCAAGACUCUGAAACGGGGAGCUGUUGACAGUGACCGAACAAGUUUGAUCAAAGAAUUGGAUUUGAUGAAGAAGAUACCAGAACACACCAACGUAGUCAAACUCCUUGGAUAUUGUGUAGAACAAGACCCGCCAUACAUCAUCGUGGAAUACCUUUCCCUGGGAAACCUCAAAGAUCUCCUCGACAGCAGUCGCACGAAGGACGGGCGUGAGUACGGCAACCUACAUGGCGUCAGCAGGUCGCUCACGGCCAAGGAUCUGAUUAAGUUUGCCAAGGACGUGGCGGACGGAAUGGCGUUUAUUGCAUCGCAGCAGUGUGUCCACAGAGACCUGGCUGCCCGUAAUGUGCUUGUGGCCGAAGACAUGACCUGUAAGGUGUCUGAUUUCGGACUCGCACGUGACGUCAUGAACAUCAGAACAUACAAACGAGGGUCCGGGGUGAUGUUGCCAGUCCGCUGGAUGGCUUUGGAGUCCUUACUUGAUGAUGAGUACACAACAAUGAGUGACGUGUGGUCUUUCGGCAUUCUUCUCUGGGAAAUUGUUACUCUUGGAGCUCGCCCUUACCCCAGAAUGGAUAACAUUUCAGUGAUGUAUAAACUCCAGUCUGGUUACCGCAUGCCCAAACCCAAGUACUGUCAGGAGGAUUUAUAUUUCCUGAUGUUGCAGUGCUGGGAGGAAAAUCCACUACACCGACCUACAUUUGCAGCAAUCAGUGAAGAAUUACAGAUGCUAACAAAAGAGGGAAGAGGAUGUGACUCUAUCGAGGAAAGCUCUACUGACGACAUCAAAUCGGAAGACGACGAAGACAGAUUUUAGCGAUUCCAUUCAACACUGGAAAAGCUGUGCCGUUAUCAGAUGUCCACACCUAAACGUGUUGAUUUAACACCGUUGGUAUUAUUUACACACACCUUACAGUGUUACAAUGCAUUGGAGUUUAUUAAAAGUAACAUAAAGAGUG